AUGGCGCAGCUCGCGCAGGUCGCUGACGCUAUUGAAUCUCUCCUGAGCGCCUCAGCCAAGCGGCGAAGGACGGAGCCCAGCAGCAGCAGCAGCAGCAACAGCAACAGCAGCAGCAGCAGCAGCGGCAGCAGUUGUAUUCAAACAAACAACAAAUCACAAGAUGCUGAUGCUGCUGCGUAUGUAAACACAGGCUCUUCGCUGUGCAGCAGCACAGCAGCAGACGGCGAGCGCAGCAGCACGCUGCAGCCAGAAGCUCCUCAAGAGCAGCAGCAGCAGCAGCAGCAGCAGCAGCAGCCAGCAGCAGCAGCAGCAGCAGCAGGCAGCAGGCGCAGCAGCAGCAAGACGGAAGAUGCAGGAGUGUCUCAAUCUAAGGGGUCAGAGCUGCAUGCAGCAGCAGAAGAGAGAAAAGAAAAGACAGAAGAAAGAAUAAAGAGACGCAGCAGCAGCAGCAGCAGCAGCAGCAGCAGCUUUGUUGGAGCUGAAAUAAAAAAGAAGACAAAGACAAACAUACUGACGAACAUUCUUCUUCUUGUGAAGAGGUAA